AUGGGGAUGGGAACAGGGGCAGGGUUUGGGGGCAUGGAUGAGUGCAAUGGCUUGUGGGGGCACAGGGAAAUUUGCGGACUAAAAUCCGAGAAGCAAUGCCCUUGCAGAAGGAUUUACUGCCGAGGCACAGAGAUAGCAGUGUCCCCUCUCUUUCUGGGGCAAAUGGAGCUUCUGUGCCCAGCCAGCAGAGAGGGAGCCUUGGGCAAGGGACCAAGGGGCCCCUUGGGGGACCCCACAGAAAUGACACAGCCUGCCAGCUCCUUAGGGGCAGAGGGAGAGUCCCAGGGUGCUCAGGAGUGCUUGGCUCAGCAUUCCCAUCAUCUUCCUUCUCCUUCUCCUUCUCCUCCUCCUCCUCCUCCUCCUCCUCCUCCUCCUCACAGGCUCAACCUGGAGUUGCCAGAGGACAGCAGUGAGUCUACCACUUCUGACACAGAGAGUGAAACCAGCUGCUCUUCAACGAUGUCUCUGGACUCUUGGAGCACCAUCUCCUGCACUACCAUCACGGAGAGCGAAACCGGACAGAUUUCAAGGGCAUCCACCCCCACGCCUCUGCAGAAAGAAGACUCACUUCAUGCUUCUGUGUUCCAGCCUGGCCUCAUGCAUCCCAAGGCUGGCCCAGGGGAGCAGCAUGACCAUGACACUUGCCAACCCUGCAGGAAAGAAGUGGUCAGAUGCCACAGGGCCAGCAGUGUGCACCAACACCAGCAACACGUCCAGGUCCAGCAGGCUGCUCCCACCCAUCCUCCAGAGGUGCCCAAAUUCCACUCCAUGGAAAUGAAGACAUCUUUGCCACAAAAGAAAUCCAAGGAGGCCUUAAACUACUUCACCUCACAUAAGAAAGAGGAGGAGAAACUGCGCCUGCCAGCUGAUGGGGACAAGCCUCCACAAAAUGAUCCAGCCUCUGCUUUGAAAGUAUCGAAGCAAGAAGAAGAGCCUAAUAUGAAGGCGGUUCCCAUGGUGUGGGACCUGACCUUCAUAGACAAGGCUGUGAAAAAUCAGCUGGAGCAUGUAGUGGAAAAAAUGUAUAUACAAAAGCAAUUUGGACUGUCAGAGAUGCUGUUGUCCUGUGAGGGGAGCUUUUCAGCCACUGUCCUGGAAGCAAGGACAGCUGUCCCAACCACAGCUCCUCGAUCACCCCAAUGGCGAGCAGAGCCACAUGUGGUGGUGACUCCUGUGGAGAAGGACCCACUCUGUGUGGAAAAGACUGUGAACCGUCAUCUGGAGGGGCCUAACGGACAAAAGCAGACAAAAGAGCUCUUCGGGCUACCAGGGAUCCUGGCUUGCAUGAAAAGAUCUUCAGACCCCGUCCUGGGACAAAAAGACUCCCAGACUGAGCCUGUCCACUCUGUGCCAGCAGCUAUUCUGAGAGUGGAACAAGGGAUGAAGCCUCAGGAGGAUGGGGACAGACCCCACCAGAAAAUGGAGUGUGGAGGAAGAGCCAACGGCAGCAGCACGACCAGCAAGACGACCCUGCCUGGCAUCAGCAAGAUGAACCAGGACCCUGGGGCAGUAGGGGAUUCCCCUUCCAUCCAGGCAGAGCAGGCGUGGCCACAGAGCAAGGGAGCUCCGCGGGGUCAAUCAGAUAAAAAGGGUGAGGGCCCCAGCAUCUCCACUACAGGGGACAUGGGGACACCAACAUCUCCAAGAAGAAGACCCCCACAGAGAAAACACAGCUCCAGUGAGGACAGACCCUCAGCUCUACCACGGCCUCCACACCACGUUUGGAUUGCUUUUGAUAUGCCCCACGUACCAGAGGUCCUCGUAGCACCAAGAGACUGCCACAAAGCCAAAAAAAUUGCUAAAGAUCUGCAGAAGCAGGUGCAGGCUUCACAGCCGAAGCAGCUCCCAGACAAUGCAGGGCAAUCAUGGAUGGACCCUGCAGCAGAGGGCACCGGGGCCGUGCCACGCAGAAGACGUAGAAGGGCACGGAAGGACAAGGGCUGCUCCCAGGACGGACCCAUCUUUGCAAGACUCCGCCCUAAGUGCAUCAAAGCCCCAAACCACAAUCUGUCUGCCACUGAAAGCUCCCAGAAUUUGGCUCCGUCUGCAACUGCAGUCCCAGGUGCAGCUGGAGGAAAGACAGCGGGAGAGACUGAACGCUCCCAGAAUUUGGCUCCGUCUGCAACUGCAGUCCCAGGUGCAGUUGGAGGAGAGACAGUGGAAGAGAAGAAACCAUCCGCAGACAGGGCCAAGGGGCAGCAGGGCCAGAAGAAUAUCACUGCCACCCAGCAGCCAGAGGGGCGCAGAGGAGUCAUAUCAAUCCCUGUAAUCGCACAAGGGAAGCUUCUGCAACAUUUUCCUGGCACCGGUAUCAUGAGCACACUGUGCUCAGAGAACCACAAAGAAGAUUGAAAUCCAGGAGCCCCCAU